AAGAUUCUGCAUUUUGAGUUGCCCAUGGAACCGAAGAACUGUUGUGAAAAAGAAGGAGCAUGGUCUUCUGAUGAAGACCAAAUCCUCUUCAAGUACGUUGAACUCACUGGAGAAGGAAAUUGGACAGACCUUCCCGAAAGAGCUGGGUUGAAAAGAUGUGGUGAGAGUUGCAAACAUCGAUGGCUGAACUAUCUCAAGCCAACCAUCCCCAGAGACAACUUUCUUUGGGAUGAACAGGAACUCAUCAUCAGACUGCACAAACUCUUGGGGAAUAGAUGGUCAAUGAUUGCAGGAAGAUUACCAGGACGCAGUGAAGACGAGAUAAAGAAGUACUGGAAUACGUAUUUGAGCAAGAAGGUAGAAGAAAAGAAGAAGGUUGUGAGAAGUAGUAGCAUGUCUAGUGUUGAAUCUCCAUGGUUGUCUGAGAAUGAGCAUGCUAUGAAUUCCAUGGAGUCUCCAAAGCCUGUGAUAGUUAGACCUAAAGUUGUUAGGUUAACCAAGCCUGUGGUGGCAAGACUGGUAGGUGCCUAAUGGAAUAUAUGCAAUCAACUUUCCUCUCCGUCCAUUUCCUACUAUUGUUUUUUGCUAGGACCCUAAGAAUAAUAAUAAGGUUGAUAACUACUUUCAACCAACAACUUAUUUUCUUAUU